AUGGCAGAAGUACACAGCUCACCUCGCCAGGAGGACCUACACAGCGUGGGCGCCGGUGAAAGCACCGGCUCCUCGCUGUCCAAGUCCACGAGCAGGGUGUCACCGACGAUAAGCGAGACACGACUAGAUCAGACAUAUUUAGGGAUCGGCGGCACCAGCAACAACAACAACAACAUCACCAACUACGCCAUCUCGCGGCCGUUGUCACGCUCGUCCAUGACGUCGGGGGUGUCAGUGACCGCAACGAAAGACGGCAUCGAGGGCAAGAGGGUCAAGAGGCGCGGCAUCCCAGGCUACUCCCUGAACCUCAUGGAGAAGAUGUACGCCCACUACCUCACCAGCGCCGGAGACGCCGCGGACGACGACUCGCUGCUCUCACAGGACGACAAGGUGUCCGUGGAGAGCCUGAAGAGCGUCAGCAUCAGCAUGAUCCCGCAAUACAGCAGAUCCGGCACCCCGGUGUCCAUGGAGGGACACGACGAUGGCGGCGUGUUUGGCGAGGAUACGCUGGAGUUCGACAGCGAGCCCAGCACUGAUUACGAGAAGUUCCUACAGCAGGGACGAAGCCAGCGCCACGGCCCGGGCGAGCACCAGGGCUCCAUCAGCGGCGACACGCGGUCGCUGUGA